AUGAACGAGAAACCAACGACUGAACCACCGACCGUGGGCGAUGCGCCGCGGCCCGGUCCCGACGAAGCCCCCGACAGAGGGCGGUGGCUGGGCGCUAAUUCGAGGCGCGAUGCUGUGAUGUGGUGCAAGAGUGUAUUUUACGAGGUUGUCCUAGGCCGAAAGACAUUGCCGCCUUCGAAGAAUGGCCGCAUUAUUCCACUACAGCUGGACCAAGAUGCGCCCCUAACGGACGAACGACGAGGCGGGCAUCCCUUCCUUUCGAACACCAUCCGAACUUCCCGAUACACUGUUUACGACUUCAUCCCGAAACAACUCUUCUUCCAGUUUUCCCGAAUUGGCAAUUUUUAUUUCCUCUGUGUGGGCGUCCCGCAGACCGUGCCUGGCCUUUCUACCACGGGAAACUUUACGACGAUUUUGCCGCUACUUUUCUUCGUUCUGGUCACUGUCGCAAAGGAAGGAUAUGACGAUUUCAAGCGCCACCGGCUAGACAAGGUGGAGAACGCGGAGACAGCGCGUGUGCUCAAGCACUCGAAACAUCGCAACACUAGCUCGCAGACCUGGCAGUCUAAGCUUCGAAGCACUCUCCUGGGAGGCUCCCAAGUACUAGGCGCCGGCCAAGCAGUAGAUGAUGGGCCAUGGAUAACAACGAGAUGGUGUGACAUCGAGGUUGGCGACCUCAUCAACUUACGAAGAGACGAUCCGGUCCCUGCCGAUAUCGUACUGCUCCAUGCCGAUGGCGAGAAUGGCCUUGCUUAUAUCGAGACGAUGGCCCUUGACGGCGAGACCAACCUCAAGAGCAAGCAAGUUUCGGCUGCACUGGAAGGACGCGAUUCUGUCGAGAAGAUCGUGGCCUGCGAUGCCGAAUUUGUGGUCGAAGACCCAAACCCUGAUCUUUACAAGUUCGAUGGUCGAGUGACUGUCAAUGGAAAGUCGCUACCACUGACUUCCGCCGAGGUUAUAUACAGAGGCAGUAUUCUGAGAAAUACGGCGUCCGCGAUUGGCAUCGUUGUCAACACGGGGGAGGAGUGCAAGAUUCGCAUGAAUGCUAAUCAACACCCCAAGGCCAAGAAACCCGCGUUGGAGACCGUAGCCAACAAGAUUGUCGUUUCCCUGGCGCUCUAUGUCAUUAUUCUUUCUGUCGGCUGCUCCAUGGGAUAUGUAUUGUGGCAGCGGUCGCAGGAGAGAAGGACAUGGUACCUGAGUGGUGCUGAAGUCAAGUUCUACGAAAUCAUCAUUGGUUUUAUCAUCCAGUUCAACAAUGUCAUUCCUUUGGCAUUGUACGUCAGUCUCGAGAUCGUCAAAGUCGGACAGCUACUCAUGCUCAAUUCCGAUGUCGAGAUGUACCACGCCGAAACGGACACUCCAGCUCGAUGCAAUACGAACACCAUCCUCGAGAACUUGGGCCAAGUCGGCUACAUCUUCACCGACAAAACAGGCACACUGACGGAAAACGUGAUGAAGUUCCGCAAACUGAGCAUUGCCGGCACAGCUUGGCUGCACCAACCGGACGUCGAAGUUGCAGAUGGCGAUAGCGAAAACAACAGCUCUGUAGACACCCUGUUUGAGGCUAAGGGGAUCCCGCGCAUUUCAACCCAGCACAUUCGAACCGAUGCCAUCGUAGACGACUACGUUCAAUCUCCAGCGACUCUCGGCAGACCAUCGAUGGCUCGCUCACGAGCGCCGUCUACGCGAAGAUCGUCUUCCCAGUGGAGAUCCACGGGCCGUCCGGACCAUGUGCAGCCCGACGUCACUACCAGCGAUCUUCUAGAGUUCAUUGCCCUGAGGCCUCAUUCUCUGUUUGCGAGAAGGGCAAAAGACUACAUCCUUGCAAUGGCACUCUGUCAUACCUGCCUCCCGGAAAUCCGCAACGGUGAGGUCGAAUAUCAGUCUUCUUCUCCAGACGAGCUGGCCAUGGUUAAGGCAGCACAAGAGCUCGGCUAUACUGUUGUUUCGCGGACUUCGUCAAACAUCACCUUACGACAGAGCUCGGAAGCCAGUGAUGCAACCAAACACAUGACAUUCCAGAUCUUGGAUGUCAUCGAGUUCAGUAGCCAUCGGAAGAGGAUGUCUAUUGUCGUGCGGUAUCCCGAUGGUCGGAUUUGCAUUAUCUGCAAAGGUGCGGACUCGGUGAUCUUGCCGAGACUCAAGAUGGCUAGCAUGGCGUUGCAAAAGGCCCAGGAUGUGAGGCAAAGCGCGGACCUUGAACGCGAACUUUUGCGCAAAAGUGAACAGCAUGAGCCGAGAAUCAGCAUUGGUGGUCGCGCUAGCAUGUCUUUGCGAAGAAGCAUCGGAAUCGCACGCGGUACCCCAGGCCCGAGUGUUCGGCCCCCUAUGGACCGCAGCCAGUCUUUCGAGACGAGCAAAUUGCGCAAGUCGAGCGACUUCUUGCGGCCGUCCAUCAACAUCCGCACGACUUCUUUCGAAGCUUCGGGGGGUUCUUCUCCCACUUUGCCAUACCAAACGCCCGAAAAAUUCGCCUUCCUUGACGAACCCGCCAUCGCCGACGACUCGACCAUUUUUACCAGAUGUUUCAAGCAUCUCGACGAUUUUGCCACCGAAGGCCUACGGACGCUGCUUUUCGCGCAAAAGUUCAUCUCGGAGCAGGACUACCUCACCUGGAAGAAAGCAUUCGACGCCGCAUCUACCAGCUUGACGGAUCGCCAAGACAAGAUCGAGGCUGCAGCGGAAACGAUCGAGCAGUCCUUCAACCUCGUCGGUGCUUCGGCGAUUGAAGACAAGCUUCAACAGGGCGUUCCGGAAACCAUUGACAAGUUGCGGAGGGCGAACAUCAAGAUCUGGAUGUUGACAGGCGACAAACGUGAAACAGCCAUCAACAUUGCCCAUUCAACCCGCAUCUGCCAACCAGUGUCCGAUCUGUACACUCUGGACGUCACUAAGGGAGACCUUCAGGGCCAGCUCGUGGCACUGUCCGAAGAUUUGCACUCUGGCUGUAUCCACAGUGUUGUCGUUAUCGACGGGCAGACCCUGGCGACGAUCGAGAAGUCGGACGACUUGACAGCCCAGUUCUACUCGGUGGUCCCCUUUGUCGACUCUGUCAUUUGCUGUCGAGCCUCUCCGGCGCAGAAGGCGUUGAUGGUCAAGACUGUUCGCUCCCAGCUACGAAAGCUGAAAGGUCGAAUGGGCCACGGUCUUACACUUGCUAUUGGUGACGGCGCCAACGACUUGGCAAUGAUCUCUGCUAGCCACGUCGGCGUCGGCAUCUCUGGAAAGGAGGGUUUACAAGCUGCUCGAGUAGCCGACUAUGCCAUCGCUCAAUUCAGAUACCUUCAGCGACUACUUCUCGUGCACGGUCGAUGGAACUACGUGCGUACGGCCAAGUUCAUAUUGUGUACUUUCUGGAAGGAGAUGUUCUUCUACCUCCCCACGGCCCUGUAUCAGCGCUACAACGGUUAUACGGGUACUUCAUUGUACGAAAUGGCUAGUUUGACUGUCUUCAACACAUUGUUCACCAGUCUGUGCGUCAUCUGUCUUGGGAUCUGGGAACAAGACCUCAGCGCAGAUACCUUGCUUGCCGUUCCCGAGCUUUAUGUGUACGGUCAGCGAAACAUGGGUCUAAACCUGGCCAAGUAUGCUGGCUGGAUGCUGUCAGCGGCAAUCCAGGGCGUGUUGGCGUACUGGGGCGUCUGGGCGGGUUACGUCUGGUUUGCGCACUCGAGUGACCAGGGCCUUUACGCCGUUGGCAACUUGGCGUUCACUCUUGGCGUUGUCUGGAUUAACUACAAGUGCUUCAUUCUCGAGACGCACCACAAAUCGGGUGUCGUGAUGGGAUGCUUCCUCCUCACCUUCUCCGGAUGGUGGGCUUGGCAAGGUUUCCUCUCGUCGAUCUAUACCCGCGCCCCGUCAAUCUACGCCGUACGCGAUGGUUUCUCAAAGACCUUUGGUCGGGAUUGGACAUGGUGGCUGACGUUGAUUGUAAUGGUCACUCUCUUCAUCCUCAUGGAGACCAUUUUCCGCACCCUUCAGCGUUCUCUCAUCCUCGCGGGGAUGUGGAGGUGGCCUUGGGUUCGUAAAGAGGACGACGUUUGUGCGGAUGAGUGGCGUUUGGAGCUUUGGCAAGAACUCGAAAAGGAUCCUAUUGUGAGGGAGAGGCUGAAGAGGUUAGCCAGUGAUGAGGAGGAGGCGGAGGAUUGCGAGGAGGAUUUUGUGGUUGGCGAGUCUGAGAGGGCGGGUUGA